UGCUUUCAACUUGCGAUAAAAGUCAGAGUCAGUUUUGGCUCUCUCUCUCUCUCCAUCUCUAGUCGAUCUUUCCUUUCGCCGUUUACAUUUAUGACAAGUUAUAUUUUGAGAUUGAAUUUUCAAAAGCCGUAACCUUUCCUUCGUGGACUUUGCCAAGACUGUUCCCUUCUAGCUUUUCUCUUCUUUCAUUUCUCUCUUUCAUACUCAUCGUCAGUAUCAUCAUCAUCCCAUCGCCUCUUCUUCGUUCUUCUCUCUCUGCGCUUCAGGGUGUGGAAGUGGUUUUAUUUAAAGUAUCUGAUUGACCUUCCAAGUAGAUAAGCCGGUCACUCGUGUACUAUACAGUUAUGACUUUUCUUUCUUGCUUCUUCGGUAUUAGCCAUUCUUCAAGAGAACAACCUUUGGAAGUCGAUGAUGAAUUUUUAGGCAUACAUAGUGAUAAAGUCUACACUUACAAAGAAUUAAGAAUUGCUACCGAAGAUUUUAGUCCGGCUAACAAAAUUGGAGAGGGUGGUUUUGGCUCUGUAUAUAAGGGACGGCUUAAGGAUGGGAAAAUUGCGGCCAUAAAACUUCUUUCAGCUGAAUCAAAACAGGGGGUCAAAGAAUUCUUGACUGAGAUUCAGGUGAUUUCGAAAAUAGGGCAUGAAAACUUAGUAAAGCUCUAUGGCUGUUGUGUCGAAGGAAAUCACAGAAUCUUAGUCUACAACUACCUUGAGAAUAAUAGCCUUGCACAAACACUUCUCGGCCACAACCAGAAUAACAUCAAAUUUUAUUGGCGGACUAGAGCUAAAAUUUGCAUCGGCAUUGCACGAGGGCUUGCAUUCCUUCAUGAGGAUGUACGACCUCACAUUAUUCACAGAGAUAUUAAAGCGAGUAAUAUUCUCCUCGACAAGGACUUGACACCCAAAAUUUCAGAUUUUGGUCUCGCAAAGCUUAUCCCGCCCAACAUAAGUCAUGUUAGCACUCGUGUGGCUGGAACAAUAGGUUAUCUAGCGCCAGAGUAUGCUAUAAGAGGACAACUAACAAGGAAAGCGGAUAUUUACAGUUUUGGUGUCCUUGUUGUGGAAAUUAUCAGCGGGAGAUGUAACACAAACAUGCGAUUGCCAACCGAAGAGCAGUAUCUUUUAGAACGGACAUGGGAAUUAUUUGAACGAAGGGAGCUGGUUGGACUGGUCGACACAUCACUGAAUGGGCAUUUUGACGCCGACCAGGCUUGUCGAUUCCUGAAGAUUGCUCUUCUCUGCACUCAAGACACUCCAAAGCUCCGGCCAUCCAUGUCGUCUGUCAUUAAGAUGUUAACGGGUGAGAAAGCGAUUGAUGAAAACAAAAUAACAAAGCCGGGACUUAUCUCCGAUUUCAUGGACCUCAAAGUAAGACCUCCCCAAAACACUGAGAUGGAGGCACAGAAUGCAUCUCUUUGUCAUAGCACAGACAACCUAGACACUCCAAACUUGUCAUCUGAAGCUACAAGCUACUCAACCUUUAAUACAUAUGAUAGAAGCACUUAAACAUGGAUUGAAAGGAAAAUUUUCAAGUCAAAAUUUAAUUCAUAAUUUUGGGUUUUUGAGGCUCGUUGUUCAAUGUAAAUUGUGCAAUCUUGUGUUUGUUUAUAAUUCAUUAAGUCAUCCUGUAAAUUGUGAAUUAGAAAAAAGUUUUGAUGUUGUGAUA